AUGUAUGACAUUUGCCAGGGAACCAACGAGAUAUACCUUGAAGCGGAUAUUUCUAGCCGCAACGAACCAAUUAAACCUCUCAAAUCCCAGAUCAACAAAGCCUCGUUAAUAUCAGGUUACUUAAGAGACGUCAUAUGGAACAACAAACAUAUGAGCAUCGACAGUAAAGUUCGAAUAUACAAAACAUGCGUAAGACCAAUACUCAUCUACGGCAUCGAGACCCGAGCAGACACAAACAAAACAAAGUGUAUGUUAAGAACGGCAGAGAUGAAUACUCUAAGGUCAAUAGCGGAAAAAGCACUACGGGAUAGAGUGAGGAACGCAACAAUAAAACAGACCUGCAAGGUGGAGGAUGUAAUCAGAUGGGGACGAAAGCGCAGAAGAUGCUGCCGGGACUAUGUAGAAAGUUGUGUCGAAUGGAAAUCCAGCUGGUAA